AUGUAUGAAGACAAUCACCUUUGUCCUGAUUUCCUAGGCCUAGCAGAAGGACUAGAACAGAUUGAGCAAGAGGAAUCGCCUCUCAAGUACGUGGCAGCAACAGGAGAAAUAUUGGAGGAUCCAAUAGCCUCCUCUACAGCAAUCAGUUCUGAGAGCAGUAAGGAGAUAGAAGAGAAUGCGUGGCCCCCUCAAGACCUUUUCCUCCUUGGCUGCAAAGCAGGAGGACAAUGCUUAGGUAUACACCCGGAGAUCAGCAGCAGUAUUAUCACCCCUACUCUCAUACACGCCCUCCCACCCCCAUCACAAACACUGUCCAACAGGACAUUGAUAGGUUCCACAGCGGACCUGAACAAACCAUUGAGUACAUCCCUCAGCCCUUUGCUAGAGCUGAAGGAGUUCAUCAAGUGCAUUGACAAAGGAGGUGUCAAGAAGAUUCCUCGGCCUUUGUCAACAAACAGCAUCUAA